AAAAAAACACUUCCUUCACCGCUCUGCUUGUCAGCGGGAAUUGUACAUUUAGGAAUAGUUGUAAAUAAUAAAUUAUUGUGGUUUAAUACGUAAUGUUUAUUACGCCUAAGAUUAAUUUAUAAGAAUGUUUGAGUGGGCUUAUAGUGGGGCAAAUAAGGCAGUCCCUAGAAAUGUGGGUCCAGAGUGUGCGUAUUUUUUAUCACAUCAGAGGCAAAUUAUUGAAACGAUUUUUGUAAUUGCAAUCUGCAUUAUAAUAAUAAUAAAAACGUACCCGAAACUACAUAUAAAAAAUGAAGACAAUUAUAUUAAAAGUGAUAGGGGUGGGAAAAGGCUCUUGGUGAUACUUUUAACUCUGCUAUGGGGAAUGGAAAUUGGAUUCAAGUUUGCCUCUCGUACAGUAAUUUAUCUUUUAAAUCCAUGUCAUGUAACAACUUUAAUGCAAAUUUAUUUAUUGGUUGCUCCUCCAAGUAAAACAGUUACAGCGUUAUUUCGCAUACAUUUGAAUUUAUUAAAUGGACCUCUCUUGGCAUUUUUGUUUCCAGAAACUGCAUCAAGAACGAUAUUUGCCGAGGCUGCACUAUAUUGGAUUCAACAUGGAAUGAUGUUUGUAAUACCAUACUAUCUUUUAAGGAUUGGUGGUGUUUAUAACAUAGAACCAUUCUGGGAUUUCAACUGGUCUAUAUUUAGCUAUUGUCUAAAUCUAUUGUAUCACUUCAUUGUGUUGCAAAUCAUAGCUAUCCCUGCCCAAGUUAAUUUAAACCAUAUGCUCUGCCCGGCUAUAUUAGAUCCAUUUGAUGGACCCUGGUACCGCAUAGCGGCAGUUUUACAUCAAGCAAUGCUUUGUCCGAUUCUAUGCAAAGUAUACUGCUCAGUAGCCGAAUUUUGUCUCACGAAGUUCCCACCUACCAAAGUGAAGCCUCAAAUGAAGGAUUUUUUACACGACCGGAAGCAGAUAGAGUUGUCGCCGAAAAAACACAAAGAUUAGUAGUAAUACCCAGUAUCACGUAAUUAUGGCUGUAAUCCCUUUCAGGGUAGCUAGAUUCUCUAUUAAAAAAAGAUGCCUAUAUUAGAAAAGAACAAUAUUUCAUCGCGUC